UCAAGGUUUGCAGUUGAAACCACAAAACAACAUCCAUCUAGAAUUUCAGACCUAUAGCUGCCAAGGACUCCUUCUGUACAUUGAACAGAGCCCAGCAACAAUGGGACAUUUCUUUAUUCAACUCUUCAUCAAACAUGGUACCUUACAGUACCAAUUUAUAUGUGAUGGGGCAGCAGAAGUUAGAAGCAUUAAUACUACUAUUAGAGUGGAUAAUGGACACAAGUAUAGAGUUCACAUUAGGCAAGACAUGAUACCAUGUGAUGCUGAAAUGUCUGUCCUGGGUAUUUCUACGAAGAUAAGCAUGCCUACCAAUCUCUGGACCAGUUCAGUUUGGCUUGAGACAGGUCCUAUAUUAUAGGUGGUUUGCCUCAUCGCUACGCAAAAAAACAGGUAUUUUCUCUCUCUCUCUCUCUCAUUUUUCUUCUUUUUUUAAGGGAGACAGUAAUGUACUGUCUUGUGAGGAGUAAUUCUAAACACAUACACAGCAUGGGUUACACACUAUUUUUGCAGUGGAACUCCAGGAGACAGCAUUGUUCCCUGGAACAGCUUGUUUGCUACUGACCCAUUCCUAUCAAAAAGGUGACCAUAUUUUUAAAAUCUAAAACCAAACACUGUUGUUUAAGCACACUUUUAGGAUAGUUCAUUAUUCAUAAAAGUACACGUGAAAAAUGUUGGUGUCAUUUUUGGUGCCUACUGCCAGGUUCUGACACAAGGAAAAUGUGCACUUGUUUCUUGCUAUGGAGGAUUUUUUCCCAGUCAUUUUGUUUUCUGAGUGAAUUUCUCAGGGAAAUACUCAUUAAUUUUAACUAUGAGCAAAUGAACAGUUUUGGUAGUGUUUA